UAUAUGGCAAAUGUUACACAGGUCAUUCACAAUACAGCUAUCAUUAUCUUUGAGAGACUUUUUAACAUUUGUCUUUUUUACUGUAAUUGGGCCAUAGGCUAUUGGCAUAUGUACAGGGGGUUGUGCAUUGAUAGGGAACAGAUGGGCGUACUCUUGUUUCAACCACUGAAUUGUCAGUGGCAACCUGUGCCAAGGUCCAAUCCGAAGCAUUUCUGCCAGAAUCCUUAGUUUUGAUUCAAACUCCUUUUCACUCCGUCUUUUUGCCUGAACAUGCCUCAAACGCCUAGAUGAUGUUGGAUGUUGCCAUGCCCACUCAAAUCUAAGACCAGCAACAUCAUUUGGGAAACCAUGGACAAUCAGAACCAUAUCCCAUGGGCCUUUUCCACUUGUUUUCCAUGCACCACCAGCAGCCUUCCCUAAAUUAUGUUGUUUUAUGCGCCUUUGAGGGUCCACGGUGUACCCAAUAUAAGUUCGACCCUUAUGAGCUUCAUUCAAGCAAUAAAGAAGGUAAACGCCAUGAAAUCGACGAUUCUGUUGAUACUUUCCAAAGGUUCCCGUUUCUGUAUCCAUUUCCCGUCUUUCCUUCUUGGUAUCGUUGUGACCAGUGGCAACAACACAGGCUUAUUGUUGUUGUUGCUCUGUUACAAGAUGGCGACCAAAGGGGUGUCGUUGGACUCGCAAGGGGCAAAAACAUCAAGAAUGGUGCAGACGACAGAACACGAUCGCACUGUUGUUACAAAGAAAGGUGAAGUUGGAGAUUGUGAGUGUACCAUUCAAUCAUCAACAGAAGAAUCCAAGCAAUACCAAGAAACAAGCAAACCAACUGUUAAUACAGCACCUUUGAAUCAGGACAAAGAUAAAAAUAAUGUUGGACAGCUUUUGAUUGCAUUUGGUGAAAUAUUUGGAGAGGAACUUGUCUCAAAUCAGAGGCAAGGGUACCAAGUCAAAAAUGCAUCCAGCAACGAGAGCCUUAAUGAGAACAAAACAGACAUGCCCACUGCAAUACUUGAAUGCAAAGUCUGCACAGAGGUUUUUUUGAAGAAAAAUGACCUGAGGCAACACAUGUUUCAGCAUAAUGGUCACUUCAAAUUUAAGUGUGAUGUAGAAGGAUGUGGGUGGUCUUUCAAAAGCAAAUACAAAUUGCAAAGACAUCAAACAACACAUGGAGCAAAGAAUAUGUUUAAGUGCCCAGUGGAAAAUUGUGAGCGCUCUUUUAAUGAAGUGUACAAGCUAAAGUCACACAUAGAAUCUCACCUGAAAACUGUCCAGUGCCAGGAGGAUGGAUGCAAUAUAAUCUUCACUACAAACAGGGAGCUAGAAAAUCAUAAAAGAAAAGUACAUCAGCCAAAAACCUACAAAUGUAGGAUUGACAAAUGCAACAAGGUUUUCGCGUCAGCAUCAGAACGGGACAUCCAUGUCAAGAAUCAUGGGCGGUUUAUCUGUUCAUUUCCUGGUUGUAGCCAACAGUUUAGCAGAAAGUCAUAUAUGGAUGUUCAUACCAGGUCACACACAAAUGAACGACCAUUUAAGUGUAGUUACACAGGGUGUUUUGCAACAUUCACUUCAGCUAGCAAGCUAAACCGCCAUCAAAAUUCUCACAGUAUGGCUAAGCCAUUUCUUUGUUUAUAUUACGAGUGUGAAUCUUCCUUCAAACGGCGGGAUAACUUGAAUCAGCACAUCAAGAUGCACCACACAGGGGAGAAAAUCAAAUGCCCUUUUGAAGGUUGCAGUUCUACAUUUACUGCCCAGAGUUCCUUGAAAGAGCACAUUUGCAGUCAUACAAAGGAACAAUCUUAUGAGUGCCCAAUUAAUGGCUGUGGAAAAAUAUACUACACGAAGAACUCACUGCGAAUACACAUUAGAAGGCACCAGCAAAAGAUCGAAAAAAUGGAAAAGUUUCAACAAGAACAAGGUUGUGGAAACAUGCCAGGUUUUCAAGUUACUGAGAGACAGGUAUCGGAUAUUAUUUUAAAACCAAAUGACUCAACACAGCAAACAGACAUUUCAGUAAAUGAGGUUCUUAUUCCUGCAAAAAGUGAUGUAACUGUGUCAUCUGGAAACGGAGGGGGUGUUACAGUGCCCAAUUCAGAGAAUAUGGUUAUUGCUCUUGGUGAGGCUGUAUGCUUCCAGUACAUGAAUGCAUCUGGAUGCCUACCCCCGUCAGACGAGAUGUGCGAUUGUAAUCAAACUCAAACUGACACCAAUGUGACUGCUUCGAGCAGUGUAACACUGGAUCAACGGACAGAAACAACAGUUUGUCCUCCAAAAAGAGCAAAGAGCAAAGAAUUUCUGGAAAAAGCAACAUUCAAAGACACAAAAAAGACAGCGAUAAAAUGUAUAACAGAUAUGGCCAGUAAUGGUGAUGAUGAUCACAGCAAUAGAAAUCCCCAACUUGAGGAAACUCCAUUCUCUUACGCAAAAGAGAGCUCAAAAACCGAUAAUGGGUCUCCUAUCUUCAGCUCUGGAAACGUUACGGUGCCAUUGUCGAUGACGCAAUUUUUGCCUCGAGAAAUACAGAUUAAUGAAUUGUUCCCAAACGAGUAUCCAGCGGACCAUGCAUACAAUCGCUCCCUUUUGCCUGUAGACUCACGAGCUAUAACGACCACGGAUAGCCAAAGUAUUGACAAUGCAAUUGAAAUUGGACUGACGGCAUCAGAUUUCGACGGAACGCUAACAGUAAACAAUGUUACUGACUCAAUGAUCGAGAUGCGAUCGUUCUUCGUUGAGAACGGAAUGGCUUCUUUUCUUGCGAAUAACGAUAUUGGGAGAAUGGAAACUUGCCCUAGCCAAGAUGACUUGGGGAUCGCAAGAAAAUUUGAUAGACCGCAUGAUAUCAACAGCUCUAUCAUGCUGAAGGACUGCAUUAUGGAUCAACAAAAUUCAACACUGAACGCAGGGUUCAAUCACUAUGCAUCCAGUGACAGCUAUGUUGUUUCAUUGAUGGGAUCUUCCCAAAUUGUUAAUGAACAUUUACUAAAUAUAUCACAAAAUCCAACUAUGGUAGACCACAUGUAUUCACAACACAGUCCAGAAGGGGAUGAUUUGCAAAUUUCAACUGAAGAUCAAGUUUAUGAAGAAAGUACUGUUAAUAUUCAAGAUAUUAGAUAA